AUGCGAUUCCGAACGCAGGUCGCCGACGUCUCGAUCUUCACACGAGUAGUGCAGUCCAUUGGCAAGGUGGCCAACAAGUGCAUCCUCAAGCUCACACCGGACAAGAUCCACAUCAUCUGCUUGGGCGACACAGACGGCACGCAGAUCUGGUCGCAGAUGCAGGUGGACUCGAUCUUCCAGGACUACCGGAUUGAGUCCAAUUUUCAGAACCACAUCAACCUCGAGGUGUCGCCAGAUACGCUGCUCAAGGCGCUCAAGUCGGCGAACAACGCAUACAGCGUCAUACUUCGCUUGGCGAAAAGGAACAAGGAUCCUCUGCUGAGCUUCUCGAUCUCCGCACAGAGUCACACGGGAGCCAAGUUGGAGGUGGUGCAAGAUGUGCUGAUCAAGGUGCUCAAACCAGCCGAGAUGAGCCGCAUUGUCGAGCCGCUCUGUCCCGAGCCAGACGUGCACAUCAUCUUGCCCAAGCUGCUCAACCUGCGGACUGUCGCGGAUCACAUGCGUUCGCUCUCGGACGUGGUCACAAUAUCGGCUAACCGACAAGGCGAGCUGCGGCUUUCUGUCGUCGAGGAUGAAGUAAGCUUGGACACCACUUGGUCAGGCCUCGCUCAUCCAACCAUCGACGCAUCUCAGUCAAGCACAGCCCAGAAUCAGCAGAGCGAUCCGUCGGAACACAAGAGCGUCAAUCUCGAGAUGAAGUCGUUGCUCAAGUUCUUGUCGAGCUACAUUGUUGCUACCACCACCAUCGCUUGCAUCUGCGCCAACCACUGCGCCAUCUUCUACGUCUACAUAGGUGAUGUGGACAAAAGCAGCGGUGUCAUGACCUUCUUCCUCCCGGGUGUCGUCCGCGAGGACUGA